AUGGUUGGUUGUACCCGAUCGGAAGAAAGUAGGAAAAAGAAAACAGCAGAUGCUGCAGUGGCGUAUGCUCAGGCGGAAGUCGAAGCAAUCAAGGAAGAAACAGAUACGGCGGUAGAACGCGCCAAGGCUGACUUUGAGAAGGUUAAGCAGGAAACGGAUGCGGCGGUAGAACGUUUCGAUACUGAUUUUGAGAAGGUUAAGAAGAAGACGGACGCGGUAAUAAAACGGUUCAACACUGACUUCAAGGGUGUUAAGAAAGAGACAGAUACUGCCGUUGAACGGUUCAACGCUGACUUCGAGAAGAUGCGGAAAGAGAUGGAUGCCGCCAUAAAACGGCUCAAUUCUGAUUUUGAGAGAGCGCAGAAGGAAACCGACACCGCCAUAAGACGGUUCAAUUCCGAUUUUGAGAAAGUGCGCAAGGAGACAGAUGCGGCGAUAAAACGUUCAGAUUCUGACUUUCGGAAGGUUAAGCGGGAUACCGAUGCGGCAAUAAAACGUCUCAAUGCUAAUUUCAAGAAGGUGCAAAAACAGACGGAUGCAGCGAUAAGACGUUUCAAUUCCGAUUUCGAUGAAGUGAAAAAAGAGACAGACGCGGCGAUAAAACGGUUCAACACGGAUUUCAAGGGUGUUAAGAAAGAAACGGAUACGACGGUAGAACGGUUCAACACAGAUUUUGAAAAGGUUAAGAAGGAAACUGACGCUGCACUGGAGCGUUCUGAUCGGGUUUUCAAGGAGCAACAUGGUGAUCAGUGA